AUGCUCCCUAACACCCACCAACGAGACAGUGCUGCUUCACCAUCUCAGCCCACGGCUCUUGACAGAAACACCUUCUGCUACCUUCAUUCGAAAGAUAAGUUUGUUUAUAGUAAGAGAAUGAACUACAGAAUGGGUCGUGUUUCAGCUGCUGAAUUUGCCAAUAGAAACAGGUUGAGAAGCCAAAAGCCACUUCCCAAAAGAGGGCAGAUAAAGUCCAAGAUAGCAGCCAAUGCUUUUCAUUCUAUCAUAUCUGUAAUUUCCAGAGCCUCUUCCUCCGGUUUCAAUUCUCCAAGGAAAAACUAG